AUGUGUCGAGCGCAGUUGCCGUUGCUCUAUGAAGACAUUGAGUCGCUGCUGUUGGUCGAGCAAUUUGAAUUGCUGCCAAGCGAAGUGCGGCCAAUCGCCCGGGAGUGGGUGGCGUAUGCACGCAGCGAUGAGGCACUGGACAGGGAAGUGAAUGCCUUCCUGCUGGGGGCACGGAAGGAGGACAUUGAUGGGUGUUAUGGAGUUGAGUUGGGGGACAUGCUGGCAAGGCUGGAGAUGCGGCGGCUGAUCUUCAUCGAGUACCAGAAGGCGCUGCAGGUGCUUCUCGCAGGUAUGCAGGCUGGCUAA